AUGGCAUUUUCUGAACUCCUGGACCAAGUGGGCAGCUUGGGCAGGUUCCAGGUUCUUCAGACUGUGGCUCUGGUGGUUCCCAUCAUGUGGGUCACCACUCAGAGCAUGCUGGAGAACUUCUCGGCCGCUGUGCCCGACCACCGCUGCUGGGUGCCCCUCCUGGACAACAGUACGGCCCAGGCCAGUGUCCCCGGAGCCCUGGGUCCUGAGGCCCUCCUGGCCAUUUCCAUCCCGCCAGGCCCCAACCAGGGGCCCCACCAGUGUCUCCGCUUCCGCCAACCUCAGUGGCAGCUCCUGGACCCGAAUGUCACGGCCACCAACUGGAGCGAGGCUGCCACAGAGCCGUGCCUGGACGGCUGGGUCUAUGACCGCAGCACCUUCACCUCCACUGUUGUGGCCGAGUGGGACCUGGUGUGUGACUCCCAGGCCCUGAGGCCCAUGUCCCAGUCUAUCUACCUGGCUGGGGUCUUGGUGGGAGCUGCUGUGUGCGGCCACACCUCAGACAGGUUCGGGCGCAGACUGGUGCUGACCUGGAGCUACCUUCAGUUGGCCGUGGCAGGCACGCUGGCUGCCUUUGCCCCCAUCUUCCCCGUGUACUGUCUGUUCCGUUUCCUGAUGGCCUUUGCCGUGGCGGGUGUCAUGAUGAACACAGGCACUCUCUUGAUGGAGUGGACAUCAGCACAGGCCCGACCCUUGGUGAUGACCUUGAAUUCUCUGGGCUUCAGUUUCGGCCAGGUCCUGAUGGGCGCAGUGGCCUAUGGAGUGCGCGACUGGGCGCUGCUGCAGCUGGUGGUCUCCGUCCCCUUCUUCCUCUGCUUUGUGUACUCCUGGUGGCUGGCAGAGUCGGCACGUUGGCUCCUCAUCACAGGCGGGCUGGACCGGGGCCUGCAGGAGCUGCAGAGAGUGGCUGCCAUCAAUGGGAGGAGGGCAGCAGGGGACACACUGACCACUGAGGUCUUGCUCUCAGCCAUGCAGGAGGAGCUGAGCGCGGGCCAGUCUCCCGCCAGCCUGGGCACCCUGCUCCGCACGCCCGCACUGCACCUCCGGACCUGUGUCUCCUCGCUGUGUUGGUUCGCCUUUGGCUUCACCUUCUAUGGCCUGGCCCUGGACCUGCAGGCCUUCGGCAGUGACAUCUUCCUGCUCCAGGUGCUCAUCGGGGUGGUGGACAUCCCAGCCAAGAUAGGUACCCUGCUGCUGCUGCGCUGCCUGGGCCGCCGUCCCCUGCACGCUGCGUCCCUGGUACUGGCAGGGCUCUGCAUCCUGGCCAACACGCUGGUGCCCCACGAGAUGGGCACUCUGCGUUCAGCCCUGGCCAUGCUGGGGCUGGGGGGUGUGGGGGCUGCCUUCACCUGCAUGACUAUCUACACUGCCGAGCUCUUCCCCACAGUGCUCAGGAUGACAGCAGUAGGCCUGGCCCAGAUGGCAGCCCGUGGGGGAGCAAUCCUGGGGCCUCCAGUCUGGCUGCUGGGCAUCCAUGGCCCCUCACUGCCCCUUCUGGUAUAUGGGACAGUGCCAGUGCUAUGUGGCCUGGCUGCACUGCUGCUGCCCGAGACCCAGAGCCUGCCACUGCCUGACACCAUCCAAGACGUGCAGAACCAGGCACUAAGAAAAGCAGCACACCGCACACCAGGGUGCCCUGUCCUGAAAUCCACACAGUUUUAG